AUGCUAAGAAGCCGGAGGAAAGGUGACCUAGUGUGGCCUCACCCCGUGCUUUGUACCCAAUGGCAGCUCCUCCGGAUGGGGAGGGAGGGGGAGGCGGAGGGAGGGAGGGUUGACACUUUCCUUUCACUUUCUCAGGCCACCAAACCUGACACCUGGGGACAGAACUACAGUUCCCACCACGCCUCGAGACAGGAGGAAGAAGGGGCACGGAGGACCAAAAGGAAAACCAGGAGAAAGAGCAAACGUUACCUACUGGCAGAGGUGGCAAGAGCCAUGCAAUUCUCCAGCUCAGCCAGGGCAGCAGAUGAGAACUUUGACUAUUUGUUCAAGAUUAUCCUCAUCGGGGAUUCCAACGUGGGGAAGACGUGUGUGGUGCGGCAUUUCACGUCCGGGGUCUACACCGAGGCGCAGCAGAACACCAUUGGGGUGGACUUCACUGUGCGUGCCCUGGAGAUCAACGGCAAGAAAGUGAAGAUGCAGGUGUGGGACACUGCAGGCCAGGAGCGCUUCCGGACCAUCACCCAAAGCUACUAUCGCAGUGCCCACGCGGCCAUAAUUGCCUACGACCUCACCCGGCGGUCCACGUUCGAGUCUGUUCCUCACUGGAUUCACGAGAUAGAGAAAUACGGGGCAGCAAACUUGGUCAUCAUGCUGAUUGGGAACAAAUGUGACAUGUGGGAAAAACGGCACGUCCUGUUUGAGGAUGCCUGCACACUGGCUGAGAAAUACGGCCUCCUGGCUGUCUUGGAGACCUCUGCCAAGGAGUCCAAGAACAUCGACGAGGUCUUCGUGCUGAUGGCCAGGGAGUUGAUGGCUCGCCACAGCCUGCCCUUGUACGGGGAGGGCACCCUGGGCAGCCUCCCCCUGGAUUCCAGUCCUGUCCUCACGGCCCCGGGGCCGAGGGAGAAGAGCCAGUGCACUUGUUGA